GUCCGUGUCUCCAGUCGCAGCAACAUGUGAAAACAUGGGGGUUCAGCGUUUCUGACAUUUAACCGCUGCUUGUCUGACUUCAUACAAGGCUGACAGAGACGUUUGUGAACAGAAGUGUAUCUUUGAACCUCGUUAGGAAUCUGUAAGCUGCUGAAAGCGAGAUAGCGUCAUUUCAGGUUAGCUAACUUAGCUUUACUCGUCACUUUUGGGGUUGUUUUGCUAGCUUGUAGCCUGCUGCUGACGGCAUGGAUAACACGGAGGAGAACCCUAUUCAGCUCCACGGAGAUGAAGAAAUCAUUGAAGUCAUCGACCUGAACGACACGGAGCCUGGUCCAAAUGAUUUGGCUGAUGACUUGGAGGACGUGGACUUUGAAGAUGCUGGAAAUGCGGACGAUGACAACGAAGGCUGGGAGACGGAGGACGAGAUGGAAGCUGAGGCGGAGCAAGAUGACAGCGAGCUCACCUUCUCCAGACACACCGGCUCAGUGUUUUGUGUGACUUUGGACCCAGCGACCAACAGCAUGGCUGUAACUGGAGGAGAAGAUGACAAGGCUUAUGUUUGGAGGGUGAGCGACGGAGAAGUUCUGUUGGAGUGUACAGGUCACAAAGACUCAGUGACGUGUGCCGUGUUCAGCCACGACUCCUCCCUGGUGGCUUCAGGUGACAUGAGCGGCAUGAUUAAAGUCUGGAAAGUGGAAACCAAAGAGGAGAUCUGGUCCUUCGAAGUGGGAGAUCUGGAGUGGUUGGAGUGGCAUCCCUGUGCUCCGGUGCUGCUGGCAGGAACAAACGAUGGCAGCGUGUGGAUGUGGAAGAUCCCUGCAGGAGACUGUAAAACCUUCCAGAGUCCUGCCUGUCAGGCUACCAGCGGCAAAGUCCUCCCUGAUGGUAAACGUGCCGUGGUGGGUUAUGAGGAUGGAACGGUUCGUGUGUGGGACUUGAAGCAAGGAAACUCUAUCCACGUCAUUAAAGGUCAGGAUGGACACCAGGGGGCGCUGACCUGCCUGGCCUGCAACAAGGACGGCUCUCUGGUGCUGACGGGUUCUGUGGACGGCUCUGCCAAACUCAUCAACACCACCACGGGAAAGGUGGUCGGAGCGUUUUCCGUGGAGGGAGGCAAAGCGAAAGGAUCGAAGGACGAGGAGGAAUCCAACUCUGUGGAGUCUGUGGGAUUCUGUAACAUCCUGCCGCUCAUCGCCGUGGCGUACUUGGACGGGACUCUAGCCAUAUAUGACCUGUCAACGCAGGUCCUGAGACACAGGUGUCAGCAUGAGGCGGGCAUCGUUCACCUGCAGUGGGAAGACUCUUCUUCUGUGGUGUCCACCUGCUGUUUAGACGGAGCGCUGCGCUUGUGGGACGCUCGUUCCGGCAACAUGGUGUCGGAGUACCGCGGCCACACCGCAGAGAUCCUCGACUUCACCAUCAACAGGGAGGCGACUCUUGCAGUAACUGCUUCAGGAGACAACCAGGCGAAAGUCUUCUGCCUCCAAAGACCUGAUCGGUAAAAAAAAACGACUUCAGAAGGGAAGAGGAGAGAAAACAUAUAGGAGAAUCAUCAGAGACAUUUGACCAUCAAACUUUUUGUUCUCCUACACCGGAGAACCAAUUUUUCCUCCUUCUCUCCUCAGGAUUUUAAAAUAUUCUUCUGUGUGGAUCUUAUCUGACCUGAUUUUGUAGGACUAAAGCUGCCAAAAGAUAAUUUUUCAGUUUUCAGAUGUGCUUAAUUGGCUGACGCUACUUCAAGUAACAGGGAUUCUUUAAAACAAACUGUUCACUAUAUUGGUCUAAGUACGCUCUUGUUCAAGAAUCUGUGAGACUAAACAAAGUGAAAUUCAAAGAGUGAUGCAUUAUAGUGUCCUGCCUUUGACAUCCCUUUUAAUGUUCGGUCCUCCAAAAGGUUUUAGAGAUGAAACAAUACCGAGAACAGAAGUUUUUGUUUGCCAAAUGUUAGAACUUUUCAGCCCUCCGAGGGUGUGUCUCGUCUUCCAGCUCCAAUUUUCUGAUGUAAACUCAAGUGUAAAUACAGAAAUAUGAAUAAUAUUCUUCUGGGUAACUAUUAAAAUUCAUUUUCAGCC